AUGAAAAAAAAAAAAAAAACAACGUCGUCUCGGGUCCGCCGAGGUUUCUUUCUUCCUCGCGAGAAGUGGCAAAGGCUCCCUGGAAACCUGUCGCGGGAGGGGGGGCGGGCGAAGGAAACGCAGGUGGCAAGCGCAGGUCUCGCGAGAAGUGGAGCCACGGGGGUCUUCCCGAGAGGGGCGGAGGCCCGGAGGCGCCGCACGUGUGGCUUCCCGCCCGAGCGCAGGGGCAGGCUGCCAUCCAGGUCGGUUUUGAAGUUGGAGUCGAAAACCGUGGAGAUGCGGAAGGAUAACCCGCCCUCGCUAGUGCCCCCGGCAGCCCGCGAGUGGAACCUGCCCCCUAACGCGCCCGCCUGUAUGGAACGGCAGUUGGAGGCUGCGCGGUACCGGGCUGACGGGGCGCUUCUGCUGGGGGCCUCUAGCCUGAGCGGCCGCUGCUGGGCCGGCUCCCUUUGGCUUUUCAAGGACCCGUGUGCCGCCCCUAACGAAGGCUUCUGCUCCGCCGGCGUUCAGACGGAGGCUGGAGUGGCUGACCUCACCUGGGUCGGGGACAAAGGUAUAUUGGUGGCUUCGGAUUCAGGUGCUGUUGAAUUGUGGGAGCUGGAUGAGAAUGAGACACUUAUUGUCAGCAAGUUCUGCAAGUAUGAGCAUGAUGACAUUGUGUCCUCCGUCAGUGUCCUGAGCUCUGGCACACAAGCUGUCAGUGGUAGCAAAGACUUCUGCAUCAAGAUUUGGGACCUCACUCAGCAGACGGUACUAAAUUCAUACCGAGCUCAUGCAGGGCAAGUCACCUGUGUUGCUGCCUCUCCCCACAAGGAUUCUGUGUUUCUUUCAUGCAGUGAGGACAAUAGAAUUUUACUCUGGGAUACUCGCUCUCCCAAGCCAGCAUCUCAGAUGGGUUGCAAUGCCUCUGGCUAUCUUCCUACCUCCCUAGCUUGGCACCCUCAGCAAAGUGAAGUCUUUGUCUUUGGUGAUGAGAAUGGGACUGUCUCCCUUGUGGACAGCAAGCAUGCAAGCUCUGCCCUCAGCUCAGCUGUACACUCCCAGUGUGUCACUCGGCUGGUGUUCUCCCCACACAGUGUUCCUUUCCUGGCCUCCCUCAGUGAAGACUGCUCACUUGCUGUGCUGGACUCCAGCCUGUCUGCGGUGUUUAGAAGCCGAGCCCACAGAGACUUCGUGAGAGAUGCUACUUGGUCCCCACUCAAUCACUCCCUUCUUACCACAGUGGGCUGGGACCAUCAAGUCAUCCACCAUCUUGUGCCCACAGAAUCUCUCCCAGCCACCGGAUCCGAGAAUGUUGCUGAGUAGAUUAGAUUUCAUACACACACAACAAGACAGCCACCUGUGAGCACCCACUCCUUUAACCUCCCUGUCAGUUUAUGAGAACACACAGGAGCCUGGGACAGGAUGUUGGCCCUAGAUCUCUGCAGUUCAUAGGUACUGUUUCUCAGCCUGCAGGAGGCUGGAUUCUAGGAUCCUCCUCACAGGGAGGAAAAGCUUCCUUGAAAAUGGAUAAGUACGUGUGUGUAAGUGCAUAUGUAAGUCUACAGUUUUUAGUGUGGGCAGAAGGAAUAAAGAAAUCCUCAUCUUCCCCACCCAGUGCUCUCUCCACCCCCAAAAAAUGUUGGUAGAGGAAUUUUAUGCUGUUCAUGUAGCUAGCCCUGUGGCAAACUGGCCACGUCAGGGCAGGUUAUGGGAUGUGUAGGCAUCCUUUGGCUCUUGCAAGCAGCUCUGUGCCAUUCAUAGAUGGGACAACUUUUAUUUUUUUAAUAAAACUUAAUACAGCAUUACAUGGAAAAUGCUUCCAUUCACAAAUAUCCAGUCUACCUACUUUGAGGAAGAGGAGGACACACCUACUAUUCAGCUAAAUCAGAAAUCAGUUCUCUGGCUGAAUGACUAGUUUGGAUGAUACAUGUAUAGUGUGUGAACAAUUCACUUGUCUCCCGCUCUUUGGCAACUUGUAUAUGAGAGAAGACUUUUUCUGUGCUAGAUUCAAUAGAGAAAAGUUCAGCGUUGAUGAGAUGAAGUUAGAAAACUGACACAGAAACCUGUCACAUUGUCUCUGAUAGCAGCCUGGGGCUUUACUUCCUGACCCUGGGACCCAUUAUGGGUAAUGGAAGUCUGAAUACUGUAUUUGGGCUCCUACGGGUUUAAAAUCCAACAUCAGGGAGAGAAAUAGAAACACUGGUUGCUGAAAUAAAGAGCAGGCACUGAUGGCC